AUGAAGAAAGGAAGCGGGAGCUCUCUUAUUGCAGGCGACGCCUCAGAGGUCUUCUCAGAGUGCGAGAUGCUGCAGCAGGCUCAGCCAGCUACAGUGCCUGUGGUAGUCUUAGGGGGUUCAUUGGGGGGCUUAGCUGCUGCAGUUGCUAUUCGUACGCGUACAGGGCGGGCCGUCUGUGUAUUAGACAUUCAGCAGCAGCACGAGCAGCAGCAUGAUCAGCAUCAGCAGCAGCAGCAGCAGCAGCAUGAUCAGCAGCAGCAGCAGAAGCGCGAAGAAGAACCAUGUCUGCUAACUGCCAGGUGUAUGGAUGCUUUACGAGCAAUUAACUCAGAGCUUUAUCGUGCAGUUAUUGCAGCAACUCGGGCGAAUGAGUCUUCUAUUUUAUCUCCUUUUUCUCCCUGUAGUCUGACGGGGGAGAGCCCUAUGCGUCUUCCUGCUGCAGCGUUGAAGCAGUUGCUGCUUGAGCAUCUAACGAGAGCUUCAGGAGGAGGUAUUUCUUAUCUCUGGGGUUGCAGACAGCUGCAGCAAAUCUGGGGUGAAGAGCAGCAGCAGCCAAAUGCUAAUAAUGAAGAGCAGAAGCUCUUCCUUGGGUUCGAAGGCGGCGUUGUAAUUCAAACAAAUCUCCUCGUCGUCGCUUCGAACGACUUUGGAGUCACCCACCUACUUGGGGUCCAGGAAGGCAGCGAGUUGCAGAAGAGCUCAGAGCUGAACUUCUCGCUGGGUUGCAGACAGCAGAGUAAUGCGGAGGGUUCGCUGCUCGGCGAAGCAGAGCAGCGCUUUGCCUCGAGUUUGGGGUCAACAACUACCUCUACGGUGACGGGAAGCGACUCGCCAGCAACAGACACUUCUUCGAUUAUGGAAGGCAAAGGCGAGGGAGCCUGCGAGGAUUCGCUAACUACUCGAAGCACGACUUCUCUGUCUGCUUUUCUCGAUGGCAUACGAAAGCGAGGAAUUGAAAUGAGAGGCGCGGAGGCCUCCUGGGCGCAUCCCUGGGCCUCUGCUUUAUCUGAUGGGCUGGAAUUAGAUAUGGAGGACGCAGCACAGUUAGGCUGCAGUUUAUAUGACUGGAGGUUCAAAGUAUUAAACGCUGCUUCUAGAUAUGAAGCAGUAAGACAGAGACGACUUGCUGCAUUAAUUAAAAGCCCUAGAAUGUCUCGAAGUUGGGUGUCUGGGGAGGAGAUUUGUGAUACGUCGACAGCAGCAAGCCCUUCGCCUUUCAGCGCAGCUGAAGAGGUCUUUCUACCGGCCAGAGAUGCAUAUGCAGAGCUGCUGCCAGCACAAGCUUUAGCGUUUGAUCUUCAGGAGAUUGCUCUUCAAACACCUACGCUCAGAUAG